UUUCCUUGUGCUCUUUAACACACACACACGCUCACACACACAGAGACACAUUAGCUUGGUAUUGGUAGGUAUCCGCGCGGCGCCGCAGCGAGCUUAGAGGCCAAGCUCGCUGAAUGCUGACGGUGCCCGCGCGACUCACGGCUCUUCCGAAUUAGUUUUUACUGAUCAGGAGGAUGCCAGAAGGUAGUGGCAUUACAGGGAAGCAGGACAGUGCUCGCGAGUCGGCAUCGCCGUCGCGCGGGCCCGGCGAGCAGCCAGGCUUUGCAUCUCCUGCCUCGGAGACUCCUAGCUAUCCCGUGCCUAACUCCUUCACAACCUGGUCUCUCUCGCCCAGCUCGCCUGAGUGCGCGAUCAACGAGGCGGAAUGGAGAGGGUGCAACCCCCUCUUUAACCAGGAGGGCUUUGACCUAUUUUCUUCAUUCCUCAGAAAGCUCCGCGAGCUCCGCCUCAAGUCUGGAGGGCCUGAAGGGCUGGGCCACAUGCUUAUGUGGAUGUCGGGAAUGGAGGCGCUACUGGACAGCCUGUUCAUCGGCGCCGACGUCGAACUCAACCAGCACGGCUUGGACGAGGACAAGCUGGACAAUGCGAUUGCCCUCGUGCAGCGCCAGGUGCGCGGCCUGCGAGCCGAGCACACGGCCCGCGCCCGCGCGGCACGCAAACACAGCUUGCUGCUGGAUCAGCUUUCGGGCACCGUGCAGCAACUGACACAGCAGCUGAACGCAUUCGCGGUCGCGACAGCGGCCGUGCUGGAGGUGGAGACUGGCGGAGGGAAGGGCCUGGCCCCCAGUGCCGCAUCGUCCGCAGCGGCGGCUGCAAGCCGCCCGGCGCCCCCGCCGGGUGGGCCCAAAGCCGCCGCUGCCCCACACGCUGCGCCUGCGGCAGGAGAGGCCGCGAGGCCGAACCCGCCGCAGCCGCAAGCGUGCACACACCUGCCGCCGCCGCCACGGGCGAUGGCGGCCAACAAAAUACUGCUUCGUGGCGCAAGCAGCGAGCAGGCGGAGGCGAUGGCGCGCGGCGACUUCUCUGCUCUGGGCCUGGGAGAGGGCUCAAUGGGCAUGUAUGAACGUCGGUGGCGGGCUAGCAACGCGGGUCGCGUUUGGAAUGUGGAGGUAGUGGUGACCAGGGAUCAGCGGGCGGCCUUCAUCAGGGCUGCGGCGCAGAUUAAACACACCGCAGGCGUGACGGUGGCCCCCUUCCUGACGCCGGAGGGGCGGGCAGCUAGGCGCGCGCGGCAAGCCCAGUUCGACAGCCUGGUGGAACGGGGUCUGCAGCCGUACUGGCGGGGCACGGACAUCGUGACUGAGGAGGGGGACCGGCGCUGCGUACACCCCGUGCAGUAAUGCACAUGGCGGAUAACUGAGAGGGGCGCGCAUUGUGUGUGUGUUUAAGUCCAGCGGAAGUUAGGCUUGUUGUGAAUGCAGGGCUAGGACACAGACGGUUUUGGUUAUUGAUCCUCUCUCUCACUUUGUGGCUGCCCUUAGGCAUUUUCUGCCCUGUGGGGAAGGGAAGGUAGCUAGUGCCGGCGGGGUGCUUGUUUUGCGGUUGCUGCGGCCACGUGCCGGACUUGGACGGUACAUGACUUUUUGCUAGGCGAACAAACAAUGCAUAGUGGCCAGCUGCCGGCUCGCAGCAGUGUUGAUAUAGACGGAGGUGCGGCUUCUAGGGCCAAACCGACGUCUCACAAUAUAGACAGAGGUGCGGCUCUUAGGGCCAAAUCAGUGUCUAACCACAAUAGAUGGAGGAGGGGGACCGGCGCCGCGUACAAACCAUGCAGUAAUGCAUACGGCGGAAGACUGAGAGGGGCGCACGCUAUGGGAUGUUUCGAAGCUACUGAAGGAUAGGGUUGGUGUGACUGGCACGUAGGACAUGGACGGUGGACGGUGCUAGUUUCGGACCUCUCGGCACUUCGUGGCUGCCCAUAGGCGUAAUCAGCCCUGUGAGAAUAGGUCAGGUGGUGCAUGCCGCAGUGUGGUGGCUGUGCCGUUGCCCUGGAUACUUGUGCUUGACCAUGUUACGUGAUUGGUCUCUUGCUAGGCGAACAACCAAUGUUUAAUGACACCGCGCCAGUUCGCAACUGGUUGAUAUGGCAUGGCCUUUGGGCAAAUGCGGCGGUUCAAUCCGCAGUCUGGCGCAUAGGCUUGGGCGACACGUACUACCAAACCUUUGCGAAUUUUGACUGUGCUAGAGCCUCAGGUUCUAGUACUGGUCGUUGUCCAGGACACUCUAUCACGAGGUCUUAUCAGGCAACUGUAAACUGGAGUUUUA